CUUGAUUUUGACUCGUUCCGUGCUGUCAUUUUCUCUUUCUGCUGGGAUGGCUGUUCCCUAUCAAGUCACUCAAUUUAUCGAGGAGGCAUAUCCUAGACCUCAUGUCGAUCCGGAAUGGCUUCAGGCAUGCUACAACUGGAUUCUCGAAGACAAGCAACUCAGUCCUACGACGGACAUAUACCAAAUACUGAAACACGUUGAGGAACAACUUUUGUGCUCGAAUUUGCAGGAUUCCAUGCUUCAAGGAACUGGAUUACCCGCCGACAUCGCGAAUCCCGAGACCCAACACACUGUUGUUGCUGGACCUAUACUGGUAGAGAUCGUUUCGAUCACUGAUAUAGGUGUCAGUGCGUACAACUUGAAUAAAAUCAGGAUCACACGAGACGAACGAAUAGCUGCCGGAGAACAAGAAGUUGGCGAGGGUGAUGUGGAAAUCGAAGGAGAAGGCCCCAUACCUGCGUAUCCGAGGUCGAUGCUUCGAAUGGACAUCAGCGAUGGAACAACAUUGUUGAAAUCUAUGGAAUACAGACCUCUCAAAGACCUCACGCUUGGCGAGACAUCUCUUGGAUGCAAACUACUAUUGACAAAUUUUCAUGUACGUCGGGGCCUCGCCUUUUUGGAACCCAAAUGCGUCACAAUGAGAGGCCACAUGAAUGAAGAGCGCAAGGCUCUCCAAAACGUUGAUUUUAGGAGAGGACUCGGGCUCAGACUGGGACAUCCUGAACCGGAACGAGAAGCGGACGCCAAUGUAGAAAUGCAAGAAGCACCUGUUCCGUUCCGUUCACCUUUACACGAGGUUAAUGAGCCUCCUUCUCCGACCUUGGUAGAACGUAAUCUCAUGGAUGAGGAGCAUUCCGGAAGACGCACACCGAGUCAGAAUCCAAAUAAUCUUUCGGACUCAAUGCCUUCAUCUUCGACAGCCGUGGUCAAUUCGUCGUUUUUCUCCACCCCGUCCAGAGUUCUAGAAAACAGGGAUCUUCACAGCAGCCUACAUCUCUCUCCUGUAGGAACAUCCCGAAUGAUCGUCAUUGACAGCGAUGAAGAAGCUGCUGAGCCUCCUCGAGGUGUUCAUGGCGACGCCAGUUCCGAGUUCGGUGAUGAAGACUUUCCUGAUGAGUUAUGGGCUGCAUUGGAUGCCGUCGAGGCAGAGCAUGAAUCGAAAACACAGUCCACCCAGAACGCAUCUUCGUCAAGGAGACAAAGUGCUUCAGCGGACGGUUUUAUGGAUGUUAUCACGAUCUCCGAUGGCGAAGAUAAUGAUAAGGAGAAUUUUCCUGCACCCACAAGACAUAUGAAGCGUCGGAUCGCGGAUAAUAGGGCCUCUGAUGCACCCGACGUGAUUGAACUGUCAGAUUAGAAUUAUAUACUUGACACAUCAUCAUGAAGCUGAACAAAGUGGAUGUAGAUAAAUAGGCCGUUCGACAUUGAACGUUCCAAAGCGCAGUGAUGACAUAGAAGAUACUUAGUAGAAAGGGCUAUGUCGCAAGACGUAUCAGCCG